CCGCCGCCGCCCGCCGCCGCCUUCCCCGACGACGCCCGCUGCCCGCCGGGCAAGAAGUCGCAGAACAUGACGGAGUGCGUGCCCGUGCCCAGCUCGGAGCACGUCGCCGAAAUUGUUGGCAGACAAGGGUGCAAGAUCAAGGCGCUGCGGGCCAAGACGAACACUUACAUCAAGACACCUGUGAGGGGCGAAGAACCGGUGUUUGUUGUGACUGGCCGCAAGGAGGACGUGGCCAAAGCAAAGAGGGAGAUCCUGUCUGCAGCAGAACACUUCUCGCAGAUUCGUGCUUCGCGCAAGAGUAAUCUUGGGGGCGGUGGGGGUGGGUCUGGCUCUGCACCCCCAGGACCCCCUGCUGCUGUGCCUGGGCAUGUCACUAUACAGGUUCGUGUGCCAUACCGUGUUGUGGGCCUGGUGGUGGGCCCCAAAGGUGCCACAAUCAAGCGUAUCCAGCAUCAGACGCACACAUACAUCGUGACACCAUCUAGAGACAAAGAGCCAGUCUUUGAAGUUACGGGGCUGCCAGACAGCGUGGAAACGGCACGUCGGGAAAUAGAGGCACACAUUGCGAUGCGCACUGGUGGCGCUGCUGGAGCGGCUGUAGGCGUCGGAGGUGGUGUCGGCGGUGGGCACGGUGCACUCGCUGGUGUCGGCGGUGUUUCUGUAGGCUCUCUGGUGGACGAUUCACCAGACCUGCUCGCCUCGCUGUAUAAAUCUGGCCUCGGCUCGCUCUUCAACUACCUCGACGGCGGUGCAGAUGCGUCGGGCCUGGGCGGCUUUCACGGGCCGGCAAAUGGAAUUGGCGGUGGUGGCAUUGGCGUCGGAGGUGGUGCCGGCAUCAGUGUCGGGGGCGGUGGAGUCCUUCCCGGUGGGUCGGCUUCUUCAGUGGGCAGUUCCUCGUCCUCUGGUGCUUUCUCGUCAUGUUCCAGCUCUAGCUCUUCCAGCAGUGGAGGUGGCGGCGGUCGUCUAGGAGACCUGGUGUCCAUAUGGGGUAGCAGUGCCGGCUCAGUCGGAGGCAGUGCCGGAGGUGGCAGCACGGGAUCGGUGGGUGGCAGUGGCAGUGGAGGUGGUAGCCUCGAGCGAGACGAGGGUUUGGGCGAUUCACCGUCCUUCGAAACGGCGCCUACAUCCAUCUGGUCUUAUGGCACGACGGGGCUGGCGGGGCGGCCUUCACCUGCUACGUCGGUGUCUCCCGACUCUGCCGGUGGAGGUAACGGUGGUCAAGUGCUGCCACCCGUGACCUCUACCACCGGAGGUGGUGCAGGUGCCAUCGUGUCCACCGCAGUGACGACUGCCACAGGUGGCGGAGGUGGGCAGAGUGGACGGCGCGACUGUGUGGUGUGUGCGGAGCGCGAGGUGGAUGCGGCGCUGGUGCCGUGCGGUCACAACUUGUUUUGCCUGGACUGCGCGUCACACGUGUGUGAGCGUGGAGAUGCGCUCUGCCCGGCGUGUCAGCUGCCAGUGGCGCAGGCCAUACGCAUUUUUUCAUAAGUCGCCACAGCCGCUCCUCCCCGGCCUUCGGCUCGGCUCUGCUUGGCCCGGCCACACUCACACACACAACCUUUCGUACAACGAACGAGAGAAAUAUUUAAAUCUAUAUCUUAUGUUGAGUUAUAGUUUGUGUGUUUAAAUUUUUUCUUUUUUGAAUGUGUACGUCCGCUUCCCGGCUUCCUCCACCUCGCUCCCGGCACUGACAACCCGCCCGAAAGGACCCUUCCCGCCCAAUUUUCCCACCCCCGGGAUUCGCCGAUCCCGCCACCUGCGUCGGGAAAAGUCCGCCGGGGGGUCGGCAUUUCUAGCAGAUUGUCUAUAUUAUAUAUAUAUAUAUAAAUAUCGAUAUAUCACACAUUUUAAGAGUAUUAAAAAUAUUUUAACGAGAUUAGAUUUUUGUAUUAUGUGUAAAGGAUGUAUGCUUUGUGUGUGUGUGUGUGUGUGUGUGUGUGUGUGUGUGUGUGUUCGAGUGAGUGUAUCGGCUCGUCGAAGCGGGGUGAAUGGAGAUGGCGUUUCUGAGGGCGGAAUGCAAAUUCAGAAAGAGGUGGUUGCAGAAGAAGAAAGCUGAUGUGUCCUUCGGAAGACAUCCACUUUGCCGAUCUGUAAGUGUUAGUGUGGAAUUUUGAUGAUUAUUAGCACUCUGGAGAGGCCGGGAUGGUGAGGUGGGAGCGCAUCAAUUGCAUUCCUAUCGGUGUGUAGCCUUUGCUGUCAGAUAUUUAGUUUCCGCUGCACAUUAUAAUUUUGCCAAAUAUCUGAAAGGGAGUCCGAAGGUACAGCAGCUCGGUCGUGAGUACUAUUUUCGUUGUUGGCGGAGCUGUCCCUUCUCCUAUACGUACACUACUGCCUGCACUCCUACCUCCUCACUUUGCCUGUAUCUCCUCCCGAGUGCAAUGUGCCUCACAAAUGUUCAGUAUUUGUUUUUUAUUACUAUUAUUGUUCACAAGAGAAGAUUAUAUUGUAUAUUAUGUUCUCUGCUAAAUGUAGUUUGUACUGUCAUGUGUUGAGAUUUUUUGUGGAAGCUGAAAAUCCACUGUAGGAAAUGUACAAGAUCUUUAUUUUUAUUUUUCUUCUCAUUGUAAUUAAAUAAAUAAAUUUUUAUUUUUUUAUGCGUAUUGUAGUUUUUCACGUGUUCUUCUAAAUAUGAAAAUAGGUAAAACUCAGUUCAGGGGUAAACGAGGAAAUUGCUAAGCUCGUCACUUGGAAACAGAGGGUUGAGGUCAGAUGUAUGACCAUGUGAGCACUGUUCAGCCCCUGGGAAUUUUUUUGAAGGUCGGGCACCUGCUUCAUAAAGCUUUUACUUUUUCUCGAGUGUAUGCCAUUACUGCAAAGAAUGUGCCGAUAUCGGCUGCACUAUUUGCGGAGUUUACACUGUUUACUUUAAACUUGGAAGUGAGAGGGAUAGGUGUUAGAUCUCCAAAGGAGAAAAGAGGCGAGAGUUUGCAUUUCCCCCCCCUCCCCCCCAAACAACUUUUGAGGAGAAAAAUCUUAGCGCGAAUUAUGCAUUUUGUAGAUAUGGAAUUAGGAAAAAUUGCAGAAUGGUAUACUGUUAUUUCUCCCCCUUCAUGAGUUUGCACAAUAUGUAAUAAUACAUUGAGAAUAGUAGUGGUAGUGUUUUUCUAUUUUAUUAUGAUCCUAAAUACAUAUAUAUAUUAUACUACUAUAUAUUAUAUAAUGACAUAGCUAGAAAGAGAAAUAUAGACACUGGAGAGUUAUUUUUUAUGUUAGUCUGCUCAAAAUGAGAAGGGCCAGAGUGAAAUAAUAGUUUAAUUUGAUGAGACUGUGGUGCCCAUCUAGUAUUGAAUUUUAAGUUUUUUUAAAUAUGAAAGGAACUAUUUUUGUCUUCCCAGAGGUAAACCCUCAUUUCAUUGUUUAAUACCAAACAGGUUUUUUAGUUAAGAAUUUUCGUGAAAGUCAGGGUUUGAAUUUUUUUGUUAUUAAAUUGUUCCUUUUUAUUUAUGAAGGGUUAUAAUGACCUGUGAACUUUCUGUAAAUUUUCAGGCCCAAUUAUGUACAUGCUAUUUUCUUUCCUUUAAAAUAGAUGAAAAUCAUUACUACUUUUCACGCAAUAAAUGAACGUCAGAACAGCUGUUCGUGCAAGUAAAAUUUAUUUAAAUACUAGAGUUUGCUAUCCUAUUUGCAUCCCCCAUGAAAUAAAGUUAGUCACAAGGUAUUAGACAAUUUUCGUAUUCUUGGGCCCCGUUAUUGUGAGGAGGGGAAUAAGAAUAAAUAGCUUUGACUGAUUGAGGUGUCAACUUUUAGCAUUGUUGUCAUUAUUUGUGUAAAGGUCCAGGCCUAAUUAUAUAUAAUAUAUUUAAAUAAAAGAAAAUCUUCAAAGAAAUGUUAAUACUGUGUUUCCCAAACCUGGAGGCACAAAAAUGACAUUUACUAAUAUAACAAUUCUUAUAGACGUCUGAUGUUUUUGUUAACUUGCUACCGAAUGUGCCAGCAUUCAUACCUACUGCCCAUAUAACCAGGAAUCGGCAGCAUUGUGGGUUCUUGCCUUGCAAAAUUGAUAUAUAUUUAAAAAGUAACAUUUUUCUAUCUCUGAAAGCAAUAAUUACAUAGUGAGGGCUGUUGGUUUGUUUGCUGGCAUGUGAGAGUUAUCAAAGAUGAAACCUGCUCAGCAUUAUAAUAUUUAGUGAAUGUUUGGAGAGUGCAUGUGGGCGCGUGUGUUGUCAUUGUAUGAAUGCGUCAUAGACUGUUUUCAUAUACAGUACAUUGUAGUUGUAGAUCUUGUGUUUAAAGAAUCUUGACCGGAAUGUAGUUUUCGAAAUGGAAAAUAAUUAUAACAGUUGAAAAUAUAUGUAUUUUCUCUUUUAUACAAUUUUAAAAUAUUGUUUUCCAUAUUUUUUCAUUUUAAUAUAUAUUUCAUGUUUCAAGAAUAUUUCAAUCUAUGCUGCAUGCCAAAAAUAGUAUAUUAAGGUGAUUUAGUAUUGAAACCUGUGUGUUAAUUUGAAUUUCGUGUAAACCUUAUUAUAUCAAACCAUCAUUCCAGACAUAAGACUUAUGUUGACCCACAAAAGUUAGCAAAUGCCCACAGCCAAGUUUUUAUAAACACAAGGUCCACGGGGAAUCCUGUAUUUGUAUAGCUGCCUUAUAACAGGGGUCAGGAAAUUGAAGACCACCUUGCUGUUGGCAGAAUGAAAUUGACACAUUUUUGCCAUGGAAAUGUUAGAGGUUGUGGAUUUGCUGAAAUGAGACAACUUUGGUUACAGAGAAUAAAGCAUUUAUUACCCCAAUGACUUCCCCUCCCUGGACAGUGUGACACUCAUUCUAUGAAGAGCUAAAUUCCUAAAAUAAGAUAUUUUGAAAUACAGGUCAACUCUGCUUACCUUGGAGCCAAUCUAGGCAUUUGAAUUCAAUAAUUUCCUUUGCAUUAAGAUAGACCCAUAUCAAAGCUUCACUGUGAUUGGAAAGACUGAUUAUGUGUUUAUUUUCCUGAGGAAUAAGAUGAAAAUGUGAAAUUGCCAGUGUUUGUGGACUUAAGAGAUUAUUCCUCGCAUUGCUGAGUGAAUGUUGUGCAGUCAUCUUCUCUCAAUAAGACUUUCUAGAUAAAAUAUUUUUAAAAUGCGCCAACAGCAAAGAUGGGUCGGUUAUUUUCUGCUUAAAUGCCAUUUGAAGAAAUUGAAUACAGUAGUUGGGAGACUUUUAUAAUCGUGGAGAAUAGUUAUAGAUGUUAAAAUUUUGCACUAUCCCAGAUUUUUUGGUAACGAGAGUUUCUAGUUUUGUUCAGAAAUCUAAAGAGAAGCCUCCAAAUUCUUUUGAACAAUAAAGUACUUGUAUGCUGUGAACUGAUAUGCUGAAAUCUAGAAACUUUGAAGCAUACACUGCAAUAAUUCCUUAAAUGUUGCGAGAAUUCCUUACUCAUCUUUUUUUCCCACGUUUGUCAGUUCCGUGCAUUGUGCUGAUUUCUCCCAGUCUCCAUGUCACGGUUGUAAAAAGUGCUGAUAGAUUAUAUAUAAUAUAUUAGAUUGGAAAAGAAACUACUAUAAAGCAAAAGCUUAUGUGUUCUGAGGUGCAUUGUUGUGGCAAGUUUGCUUGUUCAGAUUUAAUAUAAUUAUGGAUUCUAGAGACCAGUUUUUUUAUAGCUAAAAUUAUCGCAUUUUCAGUCUUGUUUUAUAUAUAUAUGAGAUAUAAAUGAGAUAUUAAAGUUGGGUUUGGGAUUGUGUGAACUGGAAGUCUUUUGUAUUUUUGUUAUUUUUGUGAAACAUAUUGAAAGUAUUUUAUGUAAAUGGUAUGCAUGUGGCAGUUCUGCCGUACAUUCUCAGCCACAGAUUCUAAAAAUGAAUCGGGUGCCAAAACAAAGUAAUAUAUUAUUAUAAGUGUAUCCCAAGCCUGGCAUUGUUUUAUCUCUUAAAAUUCUAUGGUGAAUAAUAUUUAUCUGAGGAUAGUGAUUUCUUCCUUCAAUCUGUUAUUCGGCUGGGAGAGAUGAUUUCUGUCCCUCUGCUCCCUCAGUUUUAAUUUCACAAACUCGUUAUAACCUACUUUCAAAAUUACUUUAAUACAAAUGUACAUUCACAGAAUACAAACUUGGAUGUUACAGAUUGAAGGUGGAAACUUGAUACUUGGUUGUAUUAUUGUGCGUUUUGAGAAUGAUGUGAUUGUCUUCAUACUUAAUAAAUAAAUAUAUAUUUACACUCAUCACAUCUAGAUUGAUGCAUUCUCUCAUAAUAUUAAAUAUAUCUAUUACCACAUUGAAGAGUUAAAUAAUAUUCCCUAAUGUGCUCAGUAUAAUAAAAAAACAUCAAGUAUUUUCCCUUUUUAAAACUCAAAUCCAGAACUAUCAGGGUUGUGUGUUUCAUGUAUUUUACAAACAAGAGUUUUAUGUAUUUAAUGAAAAAUAAUUAAAAAAUUGUAAAAUAGGUUUGUUCAUUUGAGAUAUGUUUAUACCCGAAGAGAAAGAAAUAUACUCAGCCUAAUACCUAGAUAGUUCCAUGCAAAAUUCUUCACAUAUAUUUUUAUUAUACAUGUUUUAAUGUGCGUAAGAUAAUCUUUGAACAAAUGUAUUUUGAAGUUCAACAUAUUACCUCCUUUUUGGGUAAAAAAAGAGUACUUAAAAAGAUACUGUAUGUUAAUUUUUCAUGUUUGCUGAUAUUUUAUUUUCAGAAUUGUGAAGAAAUAUUCAGUAGGAUUGAUUCUCUAGAAAAUAAAUUGUAUUUGUAAUUGGA